AUGAUCAGGCCAGACUACCGAGGUACGCGUGGAGGGGAGAAACAGCGAAAGCGGCUAUUCUACCAGUUGGUGGACGAGGUCCGUGGUAUUUUCCGCCGCUUGUUUCCCGGAGCCACCUGGGUGCGCAUCGAAUUUGCGAGCAGCACUCAGGCGCUACCGUCAGACCUCGAGAGCAUCGUCGCCAACCCGCACGACGCGCUCAACCCGGCCUGGCAGUCCAGAGCAGCGUUCUCGCCUACAUUGCGAAGGUUUAUUCCAGCCGGCGCACCGCAGGGUGCAGCCCAGCCUCCACAACAGGCAACCGAAGAAGAAGCCGAGGAGGAUCAGCCUGCGAACGAGCCUGGACAAGCAUCUGGUGAGCGCUGCAGCCGGAAGCGCCUGAAGAAGGCGGCAACUGACCCGGAGCUCGAACAUCCGCCCGCUGGCGACGCAGAACCGGACUUGGCCGACGUAGGCGCUGAAGACGGAGAUCUGGAUAUCGCGCCGGCUGAAGAAGUUGUUUUAGCAGCAGCGGCCGAAGGUAUCGUAUUGGAGGAGGGUGCUGCCUUGGGCGCACCGGGAGUUGGAAACGCGCAAGAGGAAGAAGCUCUGGAGCAAGCCGAGUUUGUGGAAGUCGAAGUGGAUAGCGACAUGCUAUCAAUUUACGAACCGCUUCCGCCUUAUGAUCACGAAGACUUGUCAGCUGAGCCUUCCUCCAGCGUUGCGGCGCCAGCCGUCCACGCACCU